UAUAUUACAGUCAGUUUGGGACUCACAAUAAGUUUUAACGUUGUAUUUGUCGAAAUUGUGCUUAAUUGAAAAUGAAUCAAAUUUUGAUUAUACUAUUUUGGUUUGGUGCCGUUAAGGCUUUGGAUGUUGUAAGCAAUUUUACUUAUGACAAAGAAAUGGCAGCAAAAUGCAAGCAGCACAUAUGUAGAAAUGGUUACAUAUACGACAACUACUACCGUAUCGAAAAUAACGUGUGGAAACCGUCAGAUCCGAACGUGUCAUUUGAAAUGCACAUAGCCAUUCAGGCCGCCAGCAACGGACAUAUUUUACUGUCGCCGGUGGAACAUGCUGGCUUCUCCGAUCCUGUUUAUGAAAUUGUGGUUGGUGGAGGAGGCAAUACAUUCACAGAACUUCGUCGCAAUUUGAGAAGAAACGCAAAAGCGUCAGCCAAAACUUUAGGCAUCCUGUCCAACGCGGAAUUGAGAGGGUUCUACAUAAAAAUUACUAAAGAUGGUCAGUUAGAAUUUGGCAGAGAAGGCGAACUCCUUCCUAUCAUCAGCAUUUAUGAUGUGGAUCCAUUGGAUAUAAACUACUUCAGCUUUGCAUCGUGGACCGGCGUGGACGCGCGUUUCUUGUAUGAUUGUCCUGCACCUGGCAUUGAAGGUAAAACUCAAAACUCAACCGAAGUGGACAAAUCCUCGAUAUCAGACAAGCUUAAGAGGAAGAUCCUGCUGAGCCGCUUCCCCAGUCUUCCUCCAGCACAGAACAUGAGCGUGGAAGUAGGAACUAUCCUCAUCAGCGCUAGAUAUGACUCAUUUGAUGCUAAGCUUAUCACGGAUCUUGCUUUUGUUACUAGUUGGAAAGACAAAAAUGCCGCUUGGGAUCCAGACCAAUACAACGGCACGACCAGACUCAACUUUAGGCAGACUCAGAUAUGGCGGCCUACUUUCCUUGUGUAUAAUGCAAACACUUUAGAUCCCCUGGAUGCGAAUAAUGCUGGCCUGAUAACGAUGGACUACAGCGGAGAGAACAUCUUCCAUUUUAGGACCAAAGUGGAAUCAUGGUGCGUUGUAGACGACACCACGUCGUUGAAUAAGUGGCCUAUGGACAGCUACGAUUGUAUUGUAGUCAUUCGACCGUUCCAAGUCCACGAGCUUAUCAAUCUGAAAUUGUUGAAACCGACGGACGUCAAAAUGAAAUUUUACACAGACAUUGAUAUAAAAGUACGGAAUGAAUGGGAGACGACAGCUACCUCCCUGGUGUUCUCCUCGAAGCAGUGGCUGAAACUACACAAUACGACGGUCAACGACGUGACAGAAAGCGAUGUGUUGGUGAUAUACGUGACGAUGCAGAGGAAGGCUGUGGCUUUGAAUAUGGCUAUCUAUACUCCGUUGGUUGUUCUCGUCACGUUCGUCCUAAUGUCGUUUUGGACAGAAUCCCUGACGAUGACCAGGGUGUGGUUCUACGCUGGCUGCGCGGCUACCAUCAGUUUUGGACUCUGCUAUAUUGAGUACAUCAUGCCAUGCCAUAACGUGCCUUCUCUGUUGAUAUUAUACGUAACGGUACUUGGUGGGAUACUGAUUGCUCUGUUGCUGCAAGUUAUAUUGAUGACGUCGCUAGUGAAAGCUAUGUGUGAGACACAGCCAAUGCAGAAUCUCCUGACAUCGUCGGUUUUCAGGAAAGUCUUUCUAUUGGCUCCAAUGACGACGGUAACCAAAAAUUAUGACACAUUGAACGAAGGAUUCUCAUACGACGGUGAAGAUGAGGCUCAAGUCUCGCCCAGAAGUGCCAACAUUGAAGAAAUGGUCGCUGAUGCAUGUGCAGAAAAAACUAAUUUCGGUGAUUCCGUAGAACUAGCUGAGGCUUUCGAUAAGUUGUUCUUCUUUGUUUACUCUAUGGUGUUUGCUGUCUUACUGGCGCUACAUUUCUAAAUUGUUCUAAUUUUGGGUAAAAAUAAUGAUAUGUAAUAUACCCAAUGUAGCGGAAUUAUAAGUUUAACUGUGUAAUUGUAUUUCUAUCCGUGUCAUCGUAGAAGCCAAUCAGCUGAAUCAAUUUUGAUCUAGUUUUUCUUAGACAAUUAAUCAAGAAUGUUCUUAGCAAACGACUGAACACACAUUGGCAAAUAUACCAAUGUGUGUUCAGUCGUUUGAAAACUAUCAGGUACUUUCUAGCAGAUGAUACGACAGCGACUUCGGGUUUCUUAAAUUUGUAAUUUAGAUUUUAUCUAAUAUUAUAUUUAUUAACGACACAACAUUAAUAAAUAUAAAAAUAUAAUCUUUAACUAAGUAAUAUAUAUAUAUAUAUAUAUAUAUAUUA